UUUUGCUUUUGGUAUUCCUAAACCCUUGUCAAAAUCAUUUUUAUAUUUUCCUUUUAUUUUUUGUCGAUUUGACCCACCCUGUUUAAAUUAUACCAGAAAUGCUUUUCAGCCGAGCAAGAAUCGCCAGCCGCAGUCUAUUUGGUUCUCUGCGACACCAGCUGCUAGCGCGGAGAGACUUCACCAUAGCCAUCGACGGACCAGCAGCAUCGGGGAAAAGCAGCACUGCGCGAGCAGUCGCCCAAGAGCUAGGUCUUGGCUAUAUUGACUCUGGAUCCAUAUACCGCUGUGCGACUCUUCUGGCGCUGCGCAACAACAUAGACAUCAAUGAGAGUGCCGGUGAUCUGGCCGCGUUGAUAAACAAGGCCACAGUUGACAUUAGAGUUCGACCCAGCACAUCGCACCCAGCGCCGAACCUGGGCAGACUGGCGGUUCCCGAAGUGCAGGUUCUGUUGGACAACGAGGACGUGUCAAAGGAGAUCAGAGCACCAGAGGUCAACCAGCUGGUGGCGAAGGUGGCCAGCGACCGCAGCAUUAGAGAGGCCGUUUUGCAUAUUCAAAGACAGCUGGUAGAAAAUGCAGAGUCCAUAUCGACCAAUGCGCUGUCAAAAAAUGCGGAGGGCGUUCCUGGGGGCGUGGUCAUGGACGGUAGGGACAUCGGCACGACCAUUUUCCCGAAUGCAGAGCUAAAAAUAUACCUCGAUGCAUCGGCCAUGGCGCGGGCAAUCCGCCGCUGGGACGAGAUGAACAACCAAAUGAAGGAGGCCAAUGCCUUGCAGGCUGCAAAGGGAUCGUCUGAUUCAGGCUCAGCACCGGCUGCAUACCCGUCAGUCGAGAAGAUCGCCCGGGAGCUCGAGGCUCGCGAUUAUGCGGACAUUAACCGAGAGCACUCGCCGCUACGGAUUGCCAAGGACGCAGUGGUCAUUGAUAACACAAACCUCACAUUCGAGCAGCAGGUCUACACAAUCACGGAUCUGGCCAGAGAGCGCAUGGGUCUUGCGCCAAAGCACGGUGAUCUUUGAAUGUUUACGUUUUACUUUCAAAAAUUGAACAAUGUGUUGUACACUUUAA